UACGAGUAAAUAAAGACCAAGAGUCACUUACUUCAUUGAUUGUGUCAUAGUGCGCUUUAGGCCAAACAAAUUGAAGUGCUAAAAUGGCUGAAAAUGAAGAAGAAAAAGUGAAGCUUUUGGGAGUUGUUGGAAGCCCAUUUGUUUACAGGGUGCAGCUUGCUCUGAAACUGAAGGGAGUCCAAUAUGAACUCUUGGAAGAAAAUUUGGAGCACAAGAGCCAACUCCUUCUCAAAUACAACCCUAUUCAUAAAAAGGUUCCUGUGCUUGUUCACGAUGAGAAUCCCAUAACGGAGUCCCUUGUGAUUCUUGAAUAUAUAGAGGAGACAUGGAAAGGGAACCCCAUCUUGCCUCAAGAACCUUAUUCAAGAGCCUUGGCUCGUUUCUGGACCAAGUUCAUUGAUGAAAAGUGCAUGUCUACUAUAUGGAAAACUGCAACGACCUUAGAUGAGAAAGAGCGUGAGAAGGCUAUCGAAGAAUCGCACGAGGUGCUUCAGAUUCUUGAGAAUGAGCUUAAGGACAAAUUCUUUGGUGGAGAAACAUUAGGGUUGGUGGACAUUGUUGGAACUUGCGUAGCUUUUUGGCUCCCAGCGAUUGAACAAAUUGUGGGGUUGGAGUUGCUGACAAGUGAGAAAUUCCCAAAGCUAUACAACUGGACUCACCAAGUGCUCAACCAUCCCUUUGUUAAAGAAACUCUGCCACCUAGAGAACCAUUUCUUGCUGCCUUCAAAGCUCGCAUUCAAAUCCUUACUCCUUCAAAAUAGAUGUAUAAUGUGUUUGGAAACUUGUUCAAAAAAAAAGAGAUCAUGUCUCCCAUAAGCUAUGACUAUUAGUGUGUUAGUAAAUGUGGAACCAAAGUCACCCUUGUCUAGAUUUCAGUUUACAAUAAGAAGAUGAUGAAGGUUGUGAGAUAAGUUUCAAUGCAAUAAAUUGAAGUUUGGAGAUUGUUGAACCA